AUUUCCGCAAUACCACCGAAAUUUUAUUUCUUUAAUUUAAACAAAAAGGAAGUGAGAAGAAAAAGCUUUGGAGCAGGUAGAGCAAUGGUGAGGUCAAAGUCGGAUUUUUGGAAGCAGAGAGGAAGCAACGGCUUCCACUUUCCAGUUCCUACUCUUUUAGGUUUGAGUUUUCUUCUGCAAAGAUCGCUCUUUUAGCGUCUGAGAGUGAGGGUUGGCUUGGAAGAGCUUUCUUCUUCGACUAGGGCUCAUGCCAUUAGCAUGGAACGAAACAGUGCACAUACUUCUCGAUUUGCCGACUUUGGUGCGUUUGAGCAACCUACGGGCUUUCGCAUAGAAGAUGCUGCACGAACUAAUUUGUUUAAUUCAAAUUCAAUUGGCGAGUUCAUAACUUCUGAUCAUCUACAAUUUGGUUCCUUCAGUAAACCGGCCGUUGCCUUUGCACAUACAACUGGAUCACUUCCCUUGCAACAGCAUAAAGGCCAGAAAGCAAACGUUGGUUCUCUUCCCAGUGGGUUUAUAGAUAGCUGGGGUGAAUCCUCAAUAGCAGAUGCUAGCCCGAGAACUGAUACUUCAACUGACGUUGACAUUGAGGAAAAAAAUCAAAGGCUGGAACAAGUUCAAUCAGUUGCUCCUGUUACUUCUGAUUCAAGCGACCAAUCUAAAGGAAAAACGGGGGAUCAAAAGAGUCUUCGCCGUCUUGCUCAGAACCGCGAAGCUGCUAGGAAGAGCCGAUUAAGAAAAAAGGCAUAUGUCCAACAAUUGGAGAAUAGCAGGCUGAAGCUUACUCAAUUAGAGCAAGAUCUGCAGCGAUCUCGCCAGCAGGGCAUCUUCAUUUCAAGUGCAGGAGAUCAGUCACACUCUGUUAAUGGAAAUGUUGCUUUGGCAUUUGACAUGGAGUAUGCACGCUGGAUUGAAGAGCACAACAGACAACUUAGCGAGCUUAGGGCUGCAGUAAAUUCUCAUGCAAGUGACAAUGAGCUUCGUGUCAUUGUGGAUGGCAUCAUGGCACACUAUGAUGAGAUCUUCAAGCUCAAGGGUACUGCUGCUAAGGCUGAUGUAUUUCACAUGCUUGCUGGGAUGUGGAAGACUCCUGCAGAAAGAUGCUUCUUGUGGAUUGGUGGUUUCCGGUCAUCUGAACUUCUCAAGCUGCUCACAAGCCAACUGGAACCUCUCACCGAGGAGCAGUUAGUGGGGAUUUGCAAGCUACAGCAGUUAUCAUUACAGGCAGAGGAUGCUCUUUCCCAAGGCAUGGAAGCACUGCAGCAAUCCCUGGCUGAAACCAUCGCAUCGGGAUCUCCUGGCUCCAAUGGCUCAUCAGGAAAUGUCGCUAACUACAUGGGUCAGAUGGCAAUGGCCAUGGGAAAGCUUGGCACUCUCGAAAACUUCGUCUCCCAGGCCGAUAAUCUUCGACAGCGAACGCUGCAGCAGUUACAGCACAUAUUGACGACGCGUCAAUCUGCACGAGCUCUGCUUGCCAUCAAUGAUUACUUCUCUCGUCUUCGUGCUUUGAGCUCGCUAUGGCUUGCACGGCCAAAGGAGUAAAAGAUUGAUUGAAGCAAAGAGAUGUGUUUCCAGGCGACCUCCAUUGGUUGCGAUGUAUAUUUCUGAUGCUCUGCGCUUAAAUUUGUGAGAUGCCAAAUUGUUUCUUAUGAAAUUUGCAUGCAUUUUAUUAAUGAUCAAACGAUGAGUGUAGACUUUCGAUUAAACAUAUAAGGAAUGUGAUAUGCAUGAGAGUUUGUAAAUAAAAGAAAAUUUAGAGCAUA